UACGUCGGGGCGGGGCAUCGGAGUAAUAAACAAUGAGUGGACCAAUCAGAGAGCUCGGUGGGACGUUAUUCUGCUGCCGGCCGGGCCUUUAUAAACUAGUGUUUCUUGGUGGUAGUGAGUUAUUUUCUCCUUCGUCUUCAACAGAAAGGAAUAUACAUAGGAAGCCAGGAUGCUGCCUCUAGCUGUGUUUGUUGUGUGUCUGAGUGCAGCCCUCUCAGCCCCCAGCCUGGACCGACAGCUGGAUCAACACUGGGACCUGUGGAAGAGCUGGCACACAAAGAAAUAUCAUGAGAAGGAGGAGGGCUGGAGGAGAAUGGUGUGGGAGAAGAACCUGAAGAAGAUCGAGCUGCACAACCUGGAGCACUCCCUGGGCAAACACACCUACCGCCUGGGCAUGAACCACUUUGGAGACAUGACUAACGAGGAGUUCAGGCAGGUCAUGAACGGCUACACGUACAAAUCAGAGAGGAAGAUCAAGGGAUCUCUGUUCAUGAAGCCCAACUUCCUGGAAGCCCCAAACUCUGUGGACUGGAGGGAAAACGGCUACGUCACUCCGGUGAAGGACCAGGGUCAUUGUGGCUCCUGCUGGGCCUUCAGUGCCACCGGAGCUCUGGAGGGUCAGCAAUUCAGGAAGACAGGAAAACCGGUGUCGCUGAGCGAGCAGAACCUGGUGGACUGUUCCAGACCCGAGGGCAACGAGGGCUGCAAUGGCGGUCUGAUGGACCAGGCCUUCCAGUACGUCAAGGACAAUGGGGGGCUGGACUCCGAGGACGCUUAUCCUUACCUGGGAACAGAUGGGCAGUGUCACUAUGACCCCAACUACAACUCUGUCAACGCCACCGGAUUCGUCGACAUCCCCAGCGGUUCGGAGAACGCUCUGAUGGAGGCCGUGGCCGCCGUGGGACCCGUUUCAGUCGCCAUCGAUGCCGGGCAUGAAUCUUUCCAGUUCUACCAGUCGGGAAUCUACUACGAGCAGGAAUGCAGCAGUGAGGAGCUGGACCACGGUGUGCUGGUGGUGGGAUACGGCUUUGAGGGAGAAGAUGUGGAAGGCAAAAGAUACUGGAUCGUGAAGAACAGCUGGAGUGAAAAGUGGGGAGACAAAGGCUACAUCUACAUGGCUAAAGACCGAAAGAACCACUGUGGCAUUGCCACAGCAGCCAGUUAUCCUCUCGUUUAACGUUUUGCACAGCUCCACUUUAUAGGACCAUAAUGAUUUUAUUGCAAUCGUUUGGCUGGAGGACGAGUCUUCGGUCAGAGCGACACAUUAACAGGAGAUUCUGUGAAGAAACCCUGUUUUUAUGAAAAUGGCGCCAUUUUGUUUUGGCUGGUUUUAUGCCACUUUAUUUUGUCUGAAAGAUUUUAGUCGAGUGUUUUAUUCUCUGUAAAUAUGUGUAUGCUGCUGGGUGAUAUGUUGACACUUGCUUCAUCAUUGUAAAUGAUUGUUUUUCUACUUUUACUGUGAUAAAUUAAAGUUGUGAAACAC